AUGAUUUUUUUAUCUCUACAGGGUACCAUCAUUUUCAACAAGUUCAGAACCGUUGUGUCUUAUCACACCAGCAAGAUGGCAAUAAUGCCACUAGAGACUCUCAAACAGAAACCAAAUCUGUUGACGUACGAUUCCGUAGAUGACGAUGUUCUUCAAUCAUAUAGUGAAUAUUCGCUUGCUCAAUUGAUUUACUAUGCAAUGAAGGAAUCGGCCACAUCAGAACAAGCAUCUCGCAUGACCGCUAUGGACGGAGCAUCAAAGAACGCUGGAGAGAUGAUCGACAAGUUGACGUUGGCCUUCAACCGUACUCGUCAAGCCGUUAUUACUCGUGAAUUGAUUGAAAUUAUCUCUGGAGCCGCUUGUGUCUAG